AUGCCGCAAUUCCAAGCAGUGAUCCAAGAUUUCCUCGCUACUGCCAAACACGCUGGCAAGACAAAGAUUGUCAUUGAUUUGCAGAGCAACCGCGGCGGUAUCAUUUCUCUCGGCCACGAUCUUUUUCGUCAAUUCUUCCCACAGACACAGGAAAGCGCUGUGACCUGCUGGAAGAAUUCGGAUACAUAUGUUGAUAUCACUCGAGCCAUCAGUGACAGUCUCGAAGGAUUCGACCCGUACGCUCCCGGCGCGGACGUUGACAAGGUUGACGAUUACGCCCUUACUCUGAACUGGCGUACUGAUUCCAACUCGAGCCUCCAGCCCUUUGUUUCCUACGAGGACAAGUUUGGGUCCCACAUCUACAAGAACACACCGUACACCAACUUGAUGGCGUGGGACUUUAACGACUCGCUCAUCUCUAGUCCUGACCAUGGACUAGGCGUCAACACCACCGGCUACGGAAACCGCAAGAACAUCACUCAGCACUGCAGCUCCGAGGAUCUCGUUAUUAUCUACGACGGAUACUGCUCGUCCACAUGCACCGUUGCGUCCGAGCUCUUCCGUAUCACUGGCAAUGCCAAGUCAGUCGUGAUGGGCGGCCGUCCCCGGGCUGGUCCACAGCAGGGCGUGGCCACCGACAACAACAUCAAGGCAAGACUCUCUAGCCUGAAGGACCUGAAGCUCUUCCGCGGCAACGGCCGCUCUAAUACGCGCGACCAAAUUGUCCCCGAGCACAGAGUAGACGGCGUCCCAUCCCAGUUUGUCGCUACAUACUCGGAAUGCCGUCUGUACUGGACCGAACCUAUGCUCAAGGAUAUCCAGGAGGUCUGGAAAGCUGCUGCUCGCUCGGCAUUCAACGGCGCCAAGUGCAACUACCGUGGCAUAAAGAGAUCACCAACUGUGUCUCGAUCCGAGGAUAUUGCUACUGGUCAAGGCCCAGCGCCCGUGUUGUUGUCGCGCAGUCUUCGUGAAUCGCCGAUGUUGGCAUCAAAGAGCGCUGCUUGGAAGGCUCUCUUUAAUGUGGACGUUCCCAAGUUUGAACUUUAA